AUGUUCGUUCUUUCCCCUCUUGCCUGCCCUGGGCGGCCUGCAGCAGCGGCGACAGCAACAGACUACCGAGUUCCUCUCCACAGAAAUGGAAGAUCGCUUCCGGGGAAGCUGGUUUGCGCUCGUGAGUUGUUCAUGGGUCUCGGCAACUCUUUUGGGAGGAUAUUUCGAAUAACGACUUUUGGUGAAUCCCACGGUGGUGGAGUCGGAGUUGUCAUUGAUGGUUGCCCACCACGGCUGCCACUUACUAUAGAAGACGUUCAGAUUGAGUUAAACAGGCGUAGACCGGGACAGUCUAGGCUCACGACACCACGGAACGAAGCAGAUGAAGCGGAGAUCCUCUCUGGCGUCGUCGACGGUGUCACUAUGGGUACACCUAUAGCUAUCGUUGUUCGAAACACAGACCAAAGGUCUCAGGAUUAUGAGGCAAUGAAGGUAAGCUAUCGACCAUCGCACGCGGAUGCAACCUAUGAUGCAAAGUACGGCAUACGCGCCGUCGCUGGCGGUGGACGUUCAUCAGCUCGGGAAACAAUAGGACGUGUUGCUGCAGGCGCCAUUGCCAAAAAGAUCCUUCGGACAUAUGCGGGAACACAAAUUCUUGCCUACGUGAAAAGCGUGAAGCAUAUCGAGGCAGCGAAUAUUGAUCCCAACGUGGUUUCGUACGAGCAAAUCGAAUCGAACAUCGUUCGCUGCCCUGAUUCAGAGGCAGCAUCUCAAAUGAUCCAGCUUAUCGAUGAAAUUCGCCGAACAGGUAACAGUGUCGGCGGUGUUGUUGAAUGCGUUGCAAGGAACGUCCCUGCCGGGCUAGGAUCACCGGUGUUUGACAAGCUCGAAGCUGAACUCGCAAAAGCCCUCAUGUCGCUUCCAGCAUCGAAAGGCUUUGAAGUAGGCUCGGGUUUCGGGGGCACUUUGCUAACGGGUGUAGAGCACAACGAUCCCUUCUAUAUAGAUAGCAAUGGUAGGACGCGAGCGAGGGAGAACCGUUCCGGAGGUAUUCAAGGAGGCAUCUCGAACGGAGAGAACAUUGUAUGUCGCGUCGCCUUCAAACCGACCUCUACGAUAUCACGCGAACAGAAUACAGUGACGCGUGCCGGUGAGCAAGUAGUCCUUCGCGCGAAGGGCAGACACGAUCCCUGUGUGUUGCCUCGUGCUGUUCCGAUGGUAGAAGCCAUGGUCGCGCUCGUUCUUGUUGAUCACUUGCUUCAACAGAUUGCCCAGUGUUCGCUGCUUCCUAUUGAUCCAUCAACGGCACCGAACCCUCUGGGACCUCCGGCUCCGGCCGGAACAGUUCUUCACGAUCUCGGAAAAGAUGGCCAACGAUGGUGGCCAAGCGCCUGA